UCAUCAUUAGAUAUCCCUGUAUGUGAAUAAAAAACUGAAGAGUCGUGGAUGCGGAAGCAUAGCUGAUAAUGUUAUCGCCACGUAGGAGUCAUUUGUCCCAGCUAGAUUGUAAUUAAAUUUGUGUUACGAGGCGAUAGUUUUGCCACGAUGGCUGAUGCCGGCGUAAACAUUAAGACAUCAACUCCUGAAAAGACAGAAAAACCGCAUCUGGAGACAAAUUCUAAUGCCACUGUGGGUGAAAUAGAAUUCCAAGCUUCCCAAGUAAUUGAACGAUUGGAAGAAGCAGUGGAAAAAGCUGAAGAUGGAGGAGGAGGGUCUAAUAGUGGGCAGUCGUGGAAAACUUCACCAGGAUUUUUACCACUACCUAGCAAAUCAACGGAAGAAAUUCUUACAGUUCUUGAGGACUUGAUAAUACAUGAAGACCCAAGUAAUAGGGUUGAUUCAACUGAAGAUGAUGAAAGUUUAAGUCAUAAUGUAGCAUCAAUUCCUCAGCUUGAUGCAAUAUCACGCUUGGCCAUUGUUACUCAAAGUAUAGCUGCCUAUGCCAGUGGACUUGAGAGAUCUCAUUUACAGAAGUUGAUUACUAGGAUCACAUCAGACACAACUAGGUGGUUGAGUCAUUUAUUUAGGAUUACUCGCAUGAUGCUCCAUUAUAAGUAUCCAAAGUAUUUAGAAGACGGCUUUGAAGCAUUGUCCUUACAUCCUCCUGUCAUUUAUAGUAGUAUGGCCUCCCCUUUGGGAGUGGUGCAACAUAUUUGUAGACAGUUAGGAUUGCCAAUGUCUUGUGUUCGUCCAGUUCCAUGCAAUACAUUAUUUGGUUCACAACAAAAAAUGGAUGUGGCAGCUUUAGAAAGACUUAUAGACGAAGAUAAGGCUGCUGAAAAAGUACCUUUGAUUGUGCUUGCUGAUGCAGGGACUACAAUUGCUGGUCAUGUAGACAAUCUUCCACGUCUCCAAGAACUGUGUAAACAGCAUGAUAUUUGGCUUCAUCUGCGAGGUCAUAGUUUAGCUGCAUUGGCCAUGGUGUCUAUACCUAAUGUAACUCUGUACCGCUUAUUCGAUUCUGCUAUCACACGUCAAGCACGCCCAGUAUCCACUGUAGGUGUGGCAAGAGAGAGCACUCUUCCUCUUGUAGCAGGUCUUACUAGUGAUAGCUUUUCCCGACGUCUUAAUUGCCUAUCUUUAUGGACAGUUUUGCAGGCAUUAGGGAGAGAAGGAGUCCAAAGUAGAAUUCGCCAGGCAUUUGAAUCCAGUGAACAUAUCUGGAAAAGGCUGUCCAAGUAUCAGUGUCUACGAUUACUGAGUCAGCAACCUGGUGGUGAAGGAGGAACAUAUGCAGUGGCGGAAUUAGUUACAAAGCCUAUGAAUACAUCUCUUCUCUUUGAAGUUGUGGCAUGCACAGUUGUUUUCCAAUUCAUACCGGUUAAUAAUGGUGAGCCUGUAGAAGGAAGAGUUCCUCCAUAUUAUGAUAAGUUGAAUUCUUGGCUUGGCCAAAUACUUCAGCGAGAUGCAUCGCAGAUUCCCAUAGAAAUAUGUGAAUUGGAAACUAAUGGUGUGGUCUUGCGAUAUUGUCCUCUAGAAAUGGGAACUGAUAGGCAGCCUUCUUUGGAUGACAUUGAAGCUUUUGUGCAGUGUGUUGAGCAACAAUUGGACAUUCUCACAGCCACAGUGCAGCACAAAGAAACCUUCCAGCAGUUGGUUACGUCAAAUCCCCGAUUGCGCCUGGUGGAGAUGCCUGGCUGGGCGGGCUUGGGUGGUGUGCGAUAUGUGCCUGAGGCUUGGGAGCAGCUGCUGACAGACCAGGCCAGGGAGGAACUCAAUAGGCUCAAUAUGCAAUUGGUGGAACAGUUGCGCAGUACAGAUGCAGCUUUUUCGUUGGGUGAGGGAGCAGAUGGUUUAGUGUGUGUUCGGUUUGGAAUGGUAACAGCAGAGACUGACGUGGAAGAACUCCUUGGACUAGUUGUUGGAGUUGGGCAGGAAGUGGAGGAGUCAUCCAAAUUCAUUGAGACUAUGACAGAAAUAGUCAAGAAAGGAAUUGAGACUGCUACUUUGGACCUUCAGAAAGAAAAUGAAGAACGCUUAUGGCAGGAAGGGAUUUUGCGACAUGUUCCUGUGUUUGGUUCUUUGGUAAAUUGGUGGUCACCCCCUAGUAAAGAAGGAGGCAUUAAGGGUCGUAGCCUAAAUCUUACUGCUGGUAUAGUGGAAAGCACUGAGAACAUUUAUCGCUAUCACAUGCAGCUUCAACAAGGCGCUGCUCCAGGUCCUCGACCGCCUCCAUUGCCACAAGUGCAAACAUCGGUUGCUCCCGCUGGUGGAAAACAUUCACGCUCUUCAUCCCACUCCUCUCAGCAUUCCCAACAGAUUGGAAGCAACCCUCCACCUCCGCCGCCUCAACCCGUUGUAGAACCUGCAGUGCAGGCUGCAGCUACUGCCACUUCGUAGCCCCCUUUUCCAAAGACCCACUGAUUUACUGGGUAAUACACUUGUAUUAGCACCAUUCCAUCCACUGAUUGGACACAAACAUGGGAUGUGUUUGUGAUCAGUAGGAUACAUCUAGUUGUUGUCUUUUCAUUUGUGUACAGCUCUUUGCAAUGAAUUACCUCUGUCUGAAACUUUGUAUUUUGUUGUAGAAAUAUUCAAAUUGUUACAAAUUUGUGAUAUCACAUUGCUUAGUGUUGUAGUAAAAUGAAUUGUUACAGUAACUAUAUGUAUUCUGAGGGUCAUGUGUUGUUUUCUUCUAUGAUGGUAGUGUGUCAAUAGUCUAUCAGUCGUCGAGUUGACUGUUAGGCCCAAAGUUGUUAUUUAUAUAUUUUUUGCAUUACUUUGUGAGACAAAAUUUCCUAGAAAAUAAUAGGAAAAGAAACACAUCAAGUAUCAUAACAGGCUGCAUGAAAAAGUUAGUGUUUUGUGAAUAAACCUUCCACUAGAUAAUCACAAAGACUACUUUCUAUUCUGUAGUUUCAUAUUAGUGAUGUUUUAAAUCAAAUAACUAACUAAUGGCAGUCUAUUUGCAUGAAUGUAGAAGUGUGAUCUAAUUAAGCAUUAAGAAAAUACCUGUAAAAGUAUAUUGUUUCAGCUUUAUUUUUUAAUAGAGAGUGGCAAAAAAGAGAUAAUAAAAUAUUUAUUUAGGUAGCUUAGAAAGAUAUAUUAUUUAGCUUGGGUUUUAAAGAGUGACAUACAGUUAGUUCUUAUGUAAUUUAUUACACUGCUGUUUAAAAAGAAUUUUCAUUCUGAAGUCUGAAAUGAAAAGAAAAUAUUUAGAUUAAAAUUCUUACAUUUCAUUUUUGAUUUUCACCAAAAUUAUGUUGUGUUUUAAAUAUGUUAAUAAAAUUGAUUAUGUUAUUAAAUUGAGUAUAUACUAUGUACUGAUUGUUGUUCAGAUCAUUAAUUAUAUCUUUGGAUUGAAGAGCGAUUCAGAUCAUUAUACAUCUUCAGUUGAAAGUGAUUUGCCUAUUAUCUUUGUCCCUGAUUGGUUAAAAAUUGGUACAGGCACCAAUUUAUUGUCUUCAAGUAUUUAAUAUCAAAAAUCUCAGCCCUUAUUCUUUCAGAAUCUGUUUUACUCUGUAAUAUGGCAUUUGUACUUUGUUUUCAAAUGGUUCCCUUUAGAAAUAUUUUAUGCGUUGUAAUUUUUUAAAUGGUCUCUUAUAGAAAAGAUGAAUAAUUGAUUUAAAAUAUUGUUAGACUAAAAACGUUAUUUGCCCUAUUCAGAUUAUUGCAGUACAUAAACUUUUUUAAUUUACAUUGGAUUAAAAAUUUGACCACUUGAGAAUAAUGUAACUUGAUUUCAUUUUAUAGGAUUAUCAAAAUCCAAGAUAAAAUCUUGCACAUCAAGGCUGUUGCAGGAAUUGAAUUCAUUGAAUAAUUGGGAGAAAAUACAGAAUUACCAUACUAAUUAAAAAACUUCAAAUUUUUUCUGUGUAUUUUCAUAAUUAUUUGUAAUAUGCACUUCUAAUUUUUUUGGUGUCAGAACCUUUACUUACUACCUUUUCUUGCAAGCAUGGAACCCAUCUCGCGGACGAACCAAGGAAUAAAGAUGAACUUAAUCUGAUUAACACAUGAAAUUAUAAUACAAUCUACAUAGACAUUACAUUGCUGCUAUCAACUUCUUUAAAUUCCACAACCUCCAUGAAAUUUAAGCAUAGAAAAUAAAGGACAUUUUGUUCUUGGCUCAUUACAGGCUACACAUAUACUGCAACAAAAAUUGUGUAUUCCCCAUAAAACCUGCAAUGUGACAAAUGACAACCCUAUUUUUUGAGUUAUGGGUUCACUUUUCUAAACUAUUUGAUGAACUAAUGUUCUGAUUCUGUUCCAAAAUGUAGAAAGUGGCUGAUAUUUCAAAAUGUGUUCAUUUUAUGAUUAAAUUAAGGAAGAAUGUCAUGCGUUGAUUGAGAAACAAAGAAUACAUAAAGAAUCAGCGAAAUGUCACUGCACAAAAUAGCAGGUACCUGUCUACUGUCAAAUAAUGGCAGAUUUUGUGUUCAUUUUUUGACAUAUUAUAAUGUGAAAAUAACUUAUUUACAUUAAUAACCUAAUUAAGAAAAUAAAUAACCUAAUAAAAGGCAACAAAUCAUGGAGUGUAGAAUGUGUACAUGGAAAUCUCCGUAAAAAGUGUGCUUGCAAUAUUAAAUUACUCAUUAUUCAAAUAUGCAGUAGGAGCAUGUCUUUCUUGUAGAGAAAAGAACUGUCAAUCUUACAAACCCUUGGGAAUUUGUUGAAAAUAAAAAUAUUCUUGAUUACACUUGUUUCACUAUAUUAAACAAACUUGGUCUUGACUGAAUAAUUUUGAGCUUCAUAUGGUCGAAAAUGAGUUAUUUGAACAUAAAGUUGCAGUUUGAUAAAAGAUUUAUCUCAAAUAAAAACCGCUUAAUUGUAAUCUGUUGCCAAAAUAUUUGUUUUGAAGAAAUGUCUUGAUGUUCCCAUUCACAUAACUCUUGCUUAAAACUUGCUAAAUAUUUUUAGAAUGGAUUGUAGAGAUGAAUUGUUAUUUUUUGAAAUGCUUCUAGUUAUGAGGAAAUUACAUUAACUAAACUUUAUUUUUGAUCUUAAAUUUAAUAAAGGAAUUGUGGAAACAAUCUAAUUUAUUUGAAAUUAUGCGACAAUUAGAUUGCUACUGAUAAAACAAUUUUGAAGAGGAAAAUAACUGAAAUGAAUUGCCAUUUCAAAUGGUUGUUUGAAGAUACCUCAGAAUUGUUAGUAUUAUUCAUAAAACUGAGUUCAAUGUCACCAACAAUUCUUUGUUUCUGGUAAACAUUAAGAAACUUCUUGUUCUUUAGCACUUAAGCAUACACUUAAAUGAUUUGACAAGCAAUGGUUUUUGUGGUUGUGAAGUUAAAAAUUUCAGAAGUUACUGUCUUGCUGGCUUGUGAAAAUGGUACAUGUUAUGUUUCUUUUACAGCAAUCAAUAGAAAUAUUACUUUUUUAUAAAGCACCAGUUGAUCUGGAUUUGUUCAUAUUUACAUCUCAUGAAAGGACUCUAGGAUAAUUAGAGUAGCGUUUCCAUCAUGGGCAUUUUCUCUCACCUCUUACAUGCUAUGAAUGCAGCAUUGAAGAAUGUGCUUGAGAGAAAACACAAUAUUUCUUCUCUCAUUAAUGAAAUAUUUGAAAUGUUCUUACCAAAUAUCUUUAGAACAUUAAUUUCAAAAUUGAGUAGUGAACUUUCCCAAGAGUACAUGUGUGAGAUGUUUGUGCUUUCUUUCCAUUACAACAAAUUAUUAUGAAAUGGUUUCUGAAAAUUAUUACAUUGAUAGUAGGAUCAUUUUGUUACCAUUGAAAUAUUUUGUCAUCUAAAUGAAGCAAUUAAGAUACAUCAUUGCUUGUUGAACAUUUGUAGAAAGUGCAGUUUUUAAACAACAUAUUUUGAAAGUUUGAAACAAAGAACUAUUAGACUAUUUGUUUUAAUUUAAUCACUGUUAGUACAAAUCACAAAGACUAUGAUCUCCAAUCAAAACCCAUUUUAUAAUUUUAAAAUAUGUUCAUUAUGAUCUGUGAUCCAUUGAGAAUGAGAAGGCAACUGUUAAUUCUUAACAGUGAUAUCAGAAGUUACUUAUUUUGCUCUUCUGGGUAUGUCUCUGUUCUGAAUGAGAUUGCAAUGUUAAGUAUCUAAAAAUGUCAUUUUUUAGGAGUUAAAAUUAAAUUUUUGAACUUAUAAGUGUUAUUUCUUGAUGACCAUAUUUAUGUUUUCUCUGUUCAAGAUUUUUUUAGUGUCUGAACAAAUCAAAAUGGUUUGAUGUUUCAUAGAAUAAUUUAAUUUUCAAUUUAGUUAAAUAGCAUAAUGUGAUCUGUAAAACCUUUUCACUUGGGACUUCAUUUUUUCAUCAGAAGAUUUUUUCUAUCUGAAUUACUUGAAAUAUUUUAGAGUUCUUAUUGGUAUUCAGAAUUAUUUGGGAUUCACAAUUUUGAGGGAAUUCUAAACAGUGAAAUACAUUGGAUUAACCAAUUUUUACUUUCAAUACUCUUUUUCCCCAAAAGUAAUUAAAUACAUACACAUUUAUUUUUAAAAAUUUGUAAAAAGUUAUGUUUGCUUAAAUUAUUUUUUGUAAUUGUUGGGUAACUUGUAUCUGGUCAGAGACUAUGUAACUUAUGAAUUCUGUAUUUAAUUAGUUAUGGAACAAUUAAAGUGCAGUCCAAAUCAAAUUACAAAAUAGAUGUUUAAAUCUUUCUACUUGAAAAUCAUUUUUUUAAAAUGACUUUUAGAGAGAUUUGCACUUAUUGUUUAGAGUGUGCAUCAAAUGCAUAACAAUUCCGCAGGAAUUGAAAAUAAUUAGCACAACUAGAACUAGACUGAUGAGUAUAUUUCAAUAUUGUUUUCUAAGUUCUUUAUUAAUUUUAAUUUAUAAUUUUGCUGUUUCUAUUACUUGAUGAAAAUAUUAAUUGAAUUAUCAAAAUAGUUUCUGUAAAUGGUAAAUUCAUGAGAUAUAACUAUUGUGCAAUCAUGCCAAAGAUGCCUAAAAUGUAUCAUCAGAAAUAAAAUAAAUAAACAUGUUGCUG